AGCAGCGUUACCCCGGUAGGUAUAUCGAGUGCAACCCAGGAAGCUGACUUGUGUUUACUUCGUGUAGCUACAGCCCGUUGACAGACAUGGCAGACGAGUCUCUGUUUGACUUUCUCCACAUGGAGAUCGUGUCACACAUUUACAAGGAGCAGCAGUCCAAUAAGGAAGAGAUGGACAACAAGGACAGAGCUGUCUGUGUUUCUGUCCUUGAAAGCAUGGGCUUCAGGGUAGGACAGGGACUCAUUGAGAGGUUGACCAGGGACUCUCCCAGCUUCAAAGAUGAGUUGGAUGUAAUGAAGUUUGUCUGUAAAGAGUUUUGGACAAAGGUGUUCAGGAGGCAGGUGGACAACCUCAGAACAAACCAUCAGGGUACGUAUGUCCUGCAGGACAACAAGUUUUCUCUGCUGACUCAGCUCUCCAAUGGAAAACAGUACCUGGAUCAGGCUCCUAAGUACCUUGCUUUUUCAUGUGGCAUUGUGAGAGGAGCUCUGUCUAACCUUGGUAUGGACAGCGUGGUGACAGCUGAGGUUUCUGUUAUGCCGUCCUGUAAGUUCCAAGUGGUGGUCCAAAAGUUGUGAUCUGAUCUUCUGUGCUACCCUGGAGCUGAUGAACAGGGCCAUGUGGGGUUCUGUAAAUCCAAAAGAGAAGACAGUAGUUCCUGUCCAACCCCAGAGGGAGUCAAACACCACUCUAAUUUCCACAUCUGGGUCAAAUAGGACUAGCCAGGUUCUGCUGACAAUCAGGUACCUGAGACAGAGAAGAAAGCUUAGCCAGGGCUAAGCUUUAACUUGUCGUUCACUCACACAGAACAAGAUUUGUUUUAUUCCUUUUGCAUUUUAAUAGUUUUUUUCCCAUUAGAGUGAAACAAUGCUUGGUGUUCUCGAUUUUAGUUUUCAUUGAAGAAGUGGAGCCUGGCCCUGAAUGUCACCACUGAACUAUUGACUGUCAAUGAUAUCAAUAUAAUAAUGUGAAUGUAUAGUAAAUCACAAAGUAAUGUUCUAUGUAAAGGGUUGCAAUGUUGAGUUCCCCAAAUUGAGAGGAUUGACUAAAAUAAUGAUUGAACAUGAAAAAGAAUUAAGCAGCCAUCCAAAUCAUGGCUACUGAGCCUUUGAAAAUGAUUACACCUGAUACAUCAGAUUUAUUAUUAAACACUGCAGAUGCACAUAAUCUGUACCCAGUUCCUGGUGCUUUCUUCUGCCUUAUAGCAGAUUGCCUUUAGGAGCUGGCUGUUUCAUGUAUGAUGGUGGUCUUUAAAAAAUUCAGUUAAUUUAAGGGUGAAUGCAAAUCUAAAAUAAGUCAUACCUACAGGACUUUUAGUUCAAUUAUGUGCUAUUAUUAGAUGCGAUAACAGUUUCUGAGAACCACUCAAACUGAAUUUACAGAAUAUUAUUUUUUGUACCAAAAUGUAAAUGUUUUUACAGCAUUUGUAUGAGUUUUAUGUAGUAUUGAGAUUUUCCAAGCAAACUGUUAACUGCAAAUGUGAUUGAAUCAUGUUGUAUUGAUUUUAUAUUAUUCCACAUGGAUUUAUGGGUUACAUUUGUUAAUGUUACUUUGCUUUGUAUAAAAAAAAUAUAAAUACUAAAACAGCUUAUGUAUGUGCUGUUUGUUUUCAUUAUUCAAUUUUCUGAACUUAACGUCGUCUCUUAAUCGAAAUAAUGUUGUGACACAAACACCCCAAAAACAAGGCCUGUUAAACAAGAAUAGAAAAUCAUCUGACUGGUAGAUGCUGUUGCCUCUUUGUGCCACUAGGGGGACACAUAAAGCUGUAAUGCUUAUCAUGUAUGUUGUUUUUACUCAUGUGGAAAGGUCUGUCAAGUGUCUCCAUGUCUGGUCCAACAUGUUGACUCAGAUCUGUAGCACUCUCAGUGUUUGUCUGAGAGAUAGAAGGACCUGUAGUUGAACACACAUGGUUGCACAGUGCUAUGAAAUCCCCUCUAGUGUAUUUAUUCACACAAUGUUUGGUACAACAAAAUAAUCUCCACCAUUUAAAUUAUUCAAUAUAGU